UCAUCAAAGAAAAAGCAAUGAAAGGAAAGAAGAACCAAUUGACUCUGUUUCAGUGGUUUAAUGCUCGUCCGGUAAAUACUGCCGCCACUUCGGGGGAUAGUACAGAUGGAGCAGCAAACACAUCAUAAUCAUAUAAAUACAAUAAGUCUUUCAUGAUCUCAUGUUAAUGCACACUUAACGCAUUACUGAGCACGGUGGUUCUUGUUUGGGGUUAUUUUGAAACAGCUGCUGCCCUAUGGAUGUGUGCGAGGGUGGGGCCUAGACUACACCACCGGGACGAAGUGUAUCUCACUGGGGAACAGACUUUGACACAACACCCAAACUCUGAAAAUUAUGUUUUCAUGAUGUUUGUUGGAAUACAUGAAGAAGAAGAAGUUUCCCGACUUCACGUCGGAAUAUUCACAACCUGGAAUACUUCUAUGAAAAACUUUUUAAGCUUUUGUGAAUCGGUGGACUCUUAUGGACUAAAGGAAUAUUGACAAUCCAGGAAUGGACGGAGUCUAACUUUAAAGGGAAAGAACCGGUGUGGAGAUCCACAGCAGAUUUCUGAGAGAGCACCACUGAAACUGAAACACCUAAAAAGAGUCUGUAGUUUAAGUUCAGGGGCAGCAGCAGCAGCAGAGUUAAAGCACUUCAGAGUGAGCGAGAGACGAGGGGGAGAGAGUGUGUGUCGGCAUGGCCCAGAAAAAUAACUUUCAGUUCUCCAUCAGGGAAUACAGAGCUUCAGAUCAGCAUGUGGUCAUGUCACUCUUCCGUGAUGGGAUACUCGAACAUGUGUACCCAGCCUUCUUCAAUGCCAUAAGCAAUCCAGACCACGUUGGCAUUGCUCUGAGUAUUUCCAUGGCCGGCUAUGUGCUAGGAGGCAGCUCCUACUUCCAAGCAUUGCUCUUUGGCAGCGCAUGGGCCGGCCUCAUUUAUUACUUCUGCCACGAUAUCUACGAAGGCUACAUGAUGAGGCGGCUGAGCACAGACAUGGCCAACAUUCAAACCAAUUACCUGGAAAAACCAGAUAAUGGUUUCUGGGUGGCAGAGGCAGAUGUUAACGGCCAGUCCAAGGUGGUGGGGAUGGUGGCAGUGAUGGGGAAGAAGGGGGAGGAGGAGGAAGGAGGUGAGAGGUUUGAUAACUGGAACGGAGGAAGCCCGGAGUCUGCCCAAGAUGCUGAAGACAGGAGUUACGGUGAGAUGUCCCACAUGGUGGUGGCGUUUCCGUGGCGUCGCCGAAACCUGGGUUCACAGCUGAUGCAGAAGGCGUUGGACUACUGCAAAGAGCACGGCUACACCCGCCUCGUUCUGGACAUCAGCUCACCGCAGACAGCGGCCAUUUCCCUGUACCAAAAAUUUGGCUUCGUUCAAACUGGAUCCCACAGUAACACGCACGCUAAUCGCUGGUUCUCCAAACUGGCUAGAAUAAAUGUGAUACGAAUGGAGAAGUUCAUUUAACCCUAAGUGGACUUUAUACCUGAGCGCCUAAUACAACCUCAACUGUACAGCACAUUUAGAAUAUUUCAGUUAAUUUAUGCUUCUUGUCUCGUUUAACGCAAAAAACCCUCUCUGCUGAGUGAGAUCUGGUCACUCGUGUCUCCAGCCUGCUAUCAUGCUAGUUUGAAGAAAAUACAUUAAAUUUCAUGUUUUUUCCACAAAGCAGCAUUAAUGAUCCGAGUUUCCUUGUAUUUCUUCUCGCCUUGAUGUAUUAUGUAUACACCUGCACCCC